GUCCCCACAUCUGAAGUACAUAUCCGUUCUCUUUCUUUUCUUUUCUUUUUUCUUUGCUCCUAUUUCUUUUCUUUUCUUUUCAUUUCUUUUCUUUUUCUUUGUUCUUCUUUCUUUUCUUUUUUUCUUUCCUGAUCUUUUAGCUUUCUUAAAAAAAAUAAAUAAUCAUGAACAGUCAAAAAGUUGGCAUCCUGGGUGGUGGUCAGUUAGGCCGUAUGAUGGUCGAAGCAGCCUCUCGUCUUAACCUUCAAGUCGUUAUUUUGGAUGUUCCAACUGACGCUCCUGCAAAACAAAUCGAAUCUACACAAACACAUAUUGAAGGCGCUUUCAACGAUCCUAAUAAAAUUACUCAAUUAGCUUCUCAAGUUGAUGUUUUAACAGUUGAAAUUGAACAUGUGGAUGCUCAAGUGCUUUCUAAGCUUGAAGGAGAAGGUCGUCUUCGUAUUUGUCCUUCUGCUUUUACUGUCAAGACAAUCCAGGAUAAAUAUCAACAAAAACGCCAUUUAGAAUCACAUGGUAUUCCUAUUUCACCUUAUCUCGAAAUAUCAACAACGGCUCAAGAAAAUUCAGAAGAGGCGAUUCAACGAGCAGGUCAACAAUUGGGAUAUCCUUUUAUGCUUAAAUCAAAAACGAUGGCCUAUGAUGGGAAAGGAAAUUUUGUAGUUAAAUCAGAAACGGAUGCCAAGAGGGCCUUAGAGACUCUGUCAAGGACACCUCUUUAUGCUGAAAAAUGGGCUCCGUUUGUGAAGGAAUUAGCUGUGAUGGUUGUUCGUCGUGCUAAUGGCGAGGUACGUUCCUAUCCGGUUGUAGAAACAAUUCAUAAAAAUAGUAUUUGUCAUUUGGUGAUUGCUCCUGCUCAAAUAGAUGGUCGUAUUGCUAAAAGGGCUCAAACGAUUGCUGAACGUGCUAUUCAAACAUUUCCUGGUGCUGGUAUCUUUGGUGUCGAGAUGUUUGUCAUGGCUGAUGGUCAUAUCUUAUUGAACGAGAUCGCUCCUCGUCCUCACAACUCGGGUCAUUAUACGAUUGAAGCCUGUGAGACCUCUCAGUUUGAAAAUCAUAUGCGUGCUAUCCUGGAUAUGCCAUUAGGUUCAACCGCAAUGAAGGUGCCUGCCUCUAUCAUGGUCAAUAUUUUAGGCACAAGCACAGAUAUGGAAACAUGUUAUCGACCCUGUCAGGCUGCUUUGCUUUCUGAUAUUGGAGCAACUGUUCAUUUAUAUGGUAAAAAGGAAUGUCGACCAGGUCGUAAGAUGGGUCAUAUUACAUUAGUAGGUGAAUCGAUGAUGCAAGUGCAAGAAAGUUUAAAACCUAUCUUAAAGGAAAUUGAGCCUGACGUUGAACGUCCUUUAACACUCAGACCAUUGAUAGGUAUCAUUAUGGGGUCUGAUAGUGAUUUACCUGUGAUGAAGGUAGGAGCUCAAAUAUUAAAAGACUUUGGUAUACCCUUUGAACUUUCAAUCGUUUCUGCUCAUCGUACCCCUCUAAGAAUGGUGGAAUAUGCUGAGACAGCUGCUGAACGUGGUCUGAUGGCGAUCAUCGCUGGUGCAGGUGGUGCAGCCCAUUUACCAGGAAUGGUAGCUGCCAUGACAUCUUUACCUGUUAUUGGUGUACCUGUCAAGGGUAGUUCCUUAGAUGGUGUAGACUCUCUUCACAGUAUUGUGCAGAUGCCUCGUGGUAUCCCAGUAGCAACAGUAGCUAUCAAUAAUAGUACAAAUGCAGCAUUACUUGCUAUUCGUAUACUAGGCGCAUCUAUUCCUGGUAUUCAAAAGAAAAUGUCAGAUUACAUGAAAAAGAUGGAAAAUGAAGUCAUGACCAAAGUUGAAAAAUUGGAUCAUGUUGGUUGGGAAAAUUAUUAA